AUGAGGAAAAUGAAAAAACCUUGUUAUCUAAGUAGAAUUGACCAUGGUGAAAUUUUAUUAAACAAUUAUGUCGACAAAGAAGUGCAGAAAAUAUUGAUGCCUUUAAAUAUUUUGCAGAGAAUAACAUUUUGUCCAAAAUAUAGAAUUAAGAGCAACUUCAUUACACCAAACGAUGGAUCAACAUACGUCAUCUCGUUCAUUUUUACAAUUUUGUUUAUUGUUAUACAGAUUGCAAACCUAUUAUUUAUGUAUUAUCAUCCAUCUGUGCCGGCUGCUGUUCUUAUCCUCUCAAUUUAUUGCAAACUUCUGCAUUGCUAUGGAUUCGCCAUGAAUUUCAUAGUUUGUAUCUGGUACUCUGAUCAUAAUAUCAAAUUGGUGCUUGCUUUUCAAGAAAUACACAGGAUUAUUAAUAUUGAACCAAGUGUAAUUCAGUUUAAUAUGUUCAGUUGGGUCAUUUUAGUUUUUUGUUUCUGUUUUAUUUUAGUAUUUUACGCACUCUUUGUUGUAUUCAUGGAAGUAGCAUUAACAGAUAUGUCGGCUAUAAUUAUGGUGACGUUUGAUUUGGAUAUUGUCUACGCUAUAAGACUUAUGGAAUUACUGAAAUCAAAAGUUGUUCUGUGGAAUAUUAAAGCAUUGGAGGCAAAAGAUCUAGAAAACAAAGACGAGGAGCUUUAUGAUAAAAAACUCUUUGAGGUUUUCUGUAAAAUAAUUGAAUGUUAUGAACUGUACAAAGCUACCUACCAACAUUCGGUAAGUGAAAAAUAAAAUUAGGUAUUUAAUUAGGUACUAUUGCCAGACUUUAACAAACACCCCAUCAGAAAUCCUUAGUGUACCUUUG